AAAUAAUUGUCCCACAGUGAUUACGUCAGAAGAAGCAACCCGGAAGAGAUGUACGCGACUGGUGACCUGCACUAGUUGGUCGAGAAGAGACCUGUGGGAACAGAGACAGGCUUGUCCUGGUCUAUCUUCGACAUUUGCGGGGAAAAAAAUGGCCUGCGUCUUCGAGCAUCGGAGCCAGAGAAAUGUGCCAUGAAAGGAAAUGUAAAUUCUAACCGAAGACACGUUUGGGCGCUAAGACAGAUCUGUGCUGACGUCGCCGAAAGCAGCCACGUCGGUGGCAGUGCGAACCGCAUUCCUUCUGGUCUUAUUGCUGCCGUCGCCAAGUGACAAGUGACAUCCGAGUGUUUUUUCGACCAUGGCUCCCAUGGGCAUCCGCCUGUCACCGCUCGGCGUGGCCGUGUUCUGCCUUGUCGGAGUGGGCAUUUUGUACCACCUUUACGCCGAGGUCAUCUCCAGCAGACUGGCUGCUUUCAGAAGGAAGAAGAAUGUGGAUCUGAGAGAACUUCUGGCUGCAUCGGUGGAAGCUGCGGUUCUUGGAGGCAAAGAGGUGAAGAAGGUGCGUGACGAAAACAUUUUGAAGGAGAAGUCCAAGGGCAAGACAAAGGAGGGGGCAAACGAGCUUCUGACCCUGGGUGACCUGCUGUCGCACCGAAAGAUGUACAACCUUCUCAGGAACACCUUCCCUGAAGUCACGGUAAUCAGCGAGGAACAUGACAACUUGGUGGAUCAGGCCGCAGUCUGGAGUCAGGUCAUUCCAGCGGAGAUCCUCGACAAGAUGGAAGGAGGCAAGGAAGUUCCCGCUGAGAGUGUCACUGUGUGGAUCGAUCCUUUAGAUGCCACGCAGGAAUACACAGAGAACCUGGUCAAGUAUGUGACCACCAUGGUGUGUGUGGCUGUGGACGGGAAACCAGUGAUUGGGGUCAUCCACCAGCCAUUCACCGGCUUCACUGCGUGGGCGCUGGUGCAUCAGGGAUCCAAUAUGUCCGCCCGCUCGGCCUACAGCGUCACCCCCCCUAAAGUCAUUGUGUCCCGUUCCCACUCGGGGAAAGUCAGGAGCUAUAUCCAGGAUGCGUUUGGAAACACUACAGCCAUCAUUCAUGCAGGAGGAGCCGGGUACAAGGUCCUGUCUCUCCUGCAAAUGCCACCAGGUGAUCGAGAGGCCAUAGACCAAGCCGACGUUUACAUUCACAUCACUUUCAUUAAAAAAUGGGACAUCUGCGCUGGUGCAGCACUCUUGACCUCACUGGGGGGACACAUGACAUCUCUGAAGGGAGAGGACAUUGACUACAGUGGGACGCCUCUCACCAAAGGAGGACUGGUGGCCAGCGUGGGUGUGGAUCACAAGGCCAUACUGGAGAAGCUGCCAAACUGGGAUCCUGACCAGCAGUGAAAGACCUGACACCAAAAUGGCUGCUACUGUAACUGGGAUACUUUGGUACGUCGUCUCAGAGCUUGCUUUUUCCCCAGAGUGGUGGAUUCGACAUUAUAACAGGACCUCACAAUGAAGAGAAGACAAGCCCGUUGUCAAUCAUGCAAUUUAUCGUCAUCACCACGGGCGGCCGGGCAGGACAGCAAAGCCAACAUGGCUGCCACUGGGAACCACAUCGGCCUACUUGAAUACACAGUACAGGUCGCCUGGUAAAAUGUUACAUGCAAGGUGGAACGGUUCAGAAACAUAAACCAAGUCAUUCAUAAAUAAACCAAACACAUAAGAUUGAAAGUGACGCAUUUUCUUUUAUCCGGUUAUUCUUUGUUCUGUGGAAAAACUGAAAAGUACAAAAAGCAAAGUAUUUUUCUUCCAUAACAAAUAAUUUAAACCUGAUGAAUCCGUUCCCAGAAAUAUUAACAAUUAUGGCGGGAACAACCAUGAUGACGACAUCUUUGUACUAGUCUUUCUUUUUGUCAGGACUUGCAACUUUCUUUGGCCUCAUGGUGGGUUAUUUCGCAGUCGUACUCAGUUAAACAAAAGAAAAAAAAAACAAGUCAUCAACCCUACGGUGCUUUGUUUGGGCACUCUGUUCCACCACACGCCGCCCCUUAUCCCUUCAAAGAUAGUCUGAAGACACUGUUGUCUCCUACAUUCAGCUUCAGCGGAAUUCAGUGCUGGUAAAAUGGUACAAUGCAUGGCGCACACACGAGGAGGAGGAGUGCACAUGCUGGACUCAUGUGGACUUGAUGGAGGACUCGAGCCAACUACCAAAUACUUCCAUAAGGAUGUGAUGUUGGCAUGUAAAUAUCAUCUGCUAUUGGAGUCUUUCAAGUGAUAAGUCAGCUAGGACAAUAGUGCCAUUUGUUCCAUCAAGAGGCUUAUGGUUCUUUUUCUUUGUGCAUAAAUAUAUUUAUAUACAGGAUAAUGGCUGGGUGAAUCCAUCAUUUGUUGUCUCAAUUGAAAGCAAGCUAUUAAUUAAAUCAAAUUUUAGUAAUAUGGAUUGUGAUGAUGUAAAUUUAAUAAAUACAAGUUAAGAAAAACAU